CGAAGGAAAAUUGCUUAUUGAGGCUAUUUUUAGGUUAAUCACUUUUCACUUUCGAAGUGCAGGAAGUGGAGAGUCAAUUUAAAUGUUGACAAAUUUUUAACAAUCACUAAUAUGCAAGCAUUGAUGAAGGUGUCACAAAGUUCCUUGAUAUUUGCCGUUACAAAAAGUACAAUGCAAAGAAAGACGUUUUUCUUCUUGAGGAGGUGCAAUUUUUCCUCCCAAAACAUUUCGGAUAAUAAAAUAGCGCGAAAUUCAAUUGUUACGCCAUUUCCUUCACUGACCAAGCCUAUUCCUAAUUUACCUAAAGCAGUCUAUGCUACAGCAAAAGAAGAAUAUCAAACAACUAAAGUUACAGUUCUCUCCAAUGGAUUGAGAGUUGCUUCUGAAAAUAGAUUUGGUCAAUUUUGCACAGUAGGAGUUCUACUUGAUUCUGGCCCUCGCUAUGAAAUUGCAUACCCAAGCGGUAUUUCACAUUUUCUAGAGAAAUUGGCAUUUGGAUCAACAAAAACGUACGAGAGUAAAGAUCAAAUAAUGCUUGCGCUAGAAAAGCAUGGAGGAAUAUGCGAUUGUCAAGCAACAAGGGAUGCAUUCAUUUAUGCUGCAUCUGCAGAACGUCAUGGAUUGGAUACAGUUGUACAAAUUCUAGGCGACAUUGUUUUAAGACCUCAAAUUACAGAUGAUGAAAUAGCUACUGCAAGACAAAUGAUCAAAUUUGAAUUGGAAUCUUUACUUACAAGGCCAGAACAAGAACCAAUACUUAUGGAUAUGAUUCAUGCUGCUGCAUACAGAAACAAUACUCUUGGUCUUCCAAAAAUUUGUCCAGAAGAAAACAUCGAUCAUAUAGAUAGGAAAAUAUUAUUUGAAUAUUUAAAACACCAUUAUACUCCAAGCAGAAUGGUAGUUGCUGGAGUUGGUGUAAAACACGAAGAUUUGAUUUCAGCUGUUCAAAAACAUUUUGUUGAGAAAAAAUCUAUUUGGGAAGAAGAAGAAGAAAAAGGAAAUACUAAUUCAGUAUCGUCGGAGAAGCUGUUAAAUACAGUUGAUAAAUCCAUUGCGCAAUACACUGGAGGCUAUAUACUAGAAGAAUGUAACGUGCCCGUAUAUGCAGGACCAAGUGGUUUACCAGAAUUAUCCCACGUUGUAAUAGGUUUAGAGGGUUGUUCUUAUCAAGAUAAAGAUUUCGUAGCGAUGUGUGUCUUAAAUAUGAUGAUGGGUGGCGGUGGUAGCUUCAGUGCCGGUGGUCCAGGAAAAGGCAUGUAUACUCGUUUGUAUACAAACGUAUUAAACAGGUAUCAUUGGUUAUAUAGCGCAACUGCGUACAAUCAUGUAUACGCUGACACAGGUAUCUUUUGCGUUCAUGCAUCGUGUACUCCAUUUCACGUGAAGGAAAUGGUAGAAGUGAUAGUGCACGAGAUGGUUGCCAUGACUAGUAAUAUAACGGACAGCGAAUUAGCAAGAGCUAAAAAACAACUACAAUCUAUGUUACUCAUGAAUUUGGAACACAGGCCGGUUAUUUUUGAAGAUAUUGGAAGGCAAGUUUUAGCCACUGGAUCUAGAAAACGACCGGAGUUCUUCAUAAAAGCAAUUGAUGAAGUAUCAAAAGAAGAUAUAAAUAAUGCGGCACGACGUUUACUUAAAUCACCUCCCAGUGUAGCUGCCCGAGGAGAAGUGAGAACAGUUCCUUCGAUAGGAGACAUUCAAGCCGGAUUGAUCGACGAGCAAGGCAGAUUACCUGGUUCUCGCAAUAGAUUGUCACUUUUUCGUUAAUACAUAAACAUACCA